AAAGGAACUCGAUCCCGAAGAUUCCGAAUAAAAAAUUGUUAAAAAAGAGGGGGGCUCGUGAGGUAGGCGGCGCUUCUGUAGACUUUCCAGGACCGCGGCGACGACGGGUGGUGAUUCAGCCGACGAGGGCCGUGUCCAGGACGAGAACGUGAAGUGCGAGCGAUAUUUCCGAGACUCCCUUCUUCGAGAGGGAUUAAAACGGGUAUGAGUAAUGACCCCUCGCUAGAAUCGUGCUCGCGAGAUCGAAUUUUCGUCCUUAUCGCUUCGCGGUCGUGAGAAAACGCAAAAAGUGAAGCAAGUGCACUCGUGUUUAGAGGUGGAUCUGCUACCGCGGCGGGGUGUCUACCAGUGUGUGAAUCACGCUCCCGAGGCGCCCGGCUGUCCCGACUCGAAGUUCUCUCGUCUCGUCUGCGACAUUGACCCGGCAUUACCCUCCUCCAAAAUUUCAGAUUUGCCCUCAGGCCUCUCACUGCCAUCCCUACAUUUUAAACUCCCCUCCUUCAUGUCUUCUGUCAAUUCCAAUCGCCAAAAGUCGCACAGAGAAUCCGCGUGCACCAGGUGCUUGAAUGAGUCCCCGAUUCUCGGCUCGUCGGAAAAGAGAGCUUGGAGCUGAACCUGGAGAUCCGAUGGAAGCAGGAAUUCGUGAGUGCGAGAGCACAGCUUAGAAAUUAAAAGCGAGCUGUGAUUCGACUAAGUUCUGAUUCAUCGAUAGAAUUAUUCUAUCAUAAUUAUCAGGGAGGUACAGUACACGUGCCGCUCAAACCUCCGCCCUGCGAAGACAAAAAAAACAGGAAUUUUGGAAGUUUUCGAUACAUCUUAGGUUACGGUAGAUAAUUAGAUACGACGCUUUUAGAGGCGUUUGGAAUCAUCGAGUGCCUAAGUAAAUCAGUAGCAACGCAGCGACGGAGGGCAGACCAGCAACCCGGGUACGGGAUCAGGAGCGGCGUCAUGUCGGACGACGAAGACAAACCCCCUGCACCUCCUGUCAGGCUCACCUCAAACAGAGGUGAUUCAACGCCUAAUUUACCAGUGGACAUGCGUCCACUGCCAAAAGAGCCGGAAUCGGAGGAACGCAAGAAAAAGACUUUGAAAAGCAAGAUGAAGGCGAAGGAAAAUAAGGACAAGCCUAACAUAAGUUAUCCCACGAACUUCGAACACACCGUUCACGUUGGAUUCGAUGCAGUCACCGGAGAAUUCACGCUGCCAUUAAAAGGGAUGCCGGAAGCAUGGGCGAGGCUGCUGAUGUCCAGCAAUAUCAGCAAACAGGAACAGAAGAAAAAUCCUCAGGCAGUGCUGGAUGUCCUCAACUGGUACGACAACAGCAGUAAAGAAGCGAAAUGCUCGAAAUUUAUGCAAACGACGAAAAUGGUCGGCGUUGUCGCGCCCAUAGAAAGAGCCAGCAGUCCUCGCAACAUAGGAGUGAGUAUUGGCGUUGGCUUGGGAAACAUGCGAGGACAGGCGAUGUCACAGGCUUCCGGAAGUUCGCAUUCACAACACUCCCUUAGCAGAGUGAGCAGUAGUAGUCCCAGCAGCACACCUACGGAUGCCUGUGCCACAAGUUCUGAACAGGAGGACGAGCCACCUCCACCGCCAAUUUCCGCCCGACCUGAACGCACGAAAUCAAUCUACACGAAGCCUAUUGAAGAAGAACCUCUUCCACCACUUCCAACGUCGAUCAGUUCGCCUCAACGGAAUGGAACACCCCAGCAGCCAAAUCAGACGUCUCUCGAUAAAAAUAAGAAUCAGGCAACCCCGAUUGAUCAGUCGCGACCAGCUCAAAGUGAAAAGGCGCGAAAGAAGAAAAUGUCGGACGACGAGACCCUGGAAAAGUUGCGAACGAUUGUGAGUGUUGGCGAUCCGAUAAGAAAGUAUACGAAGAUGGAGAAAAUUGGACAGGGUGCAUCGGGCACCGUUUACACGGCAAUUGAGACCUCGACCGGCAUGGAGGUGGCCAUCAAGCAAAUGAAUCUUUCGCAGCAGCCGAAGAAGGAGCUGAUAAUCAAUGAAAUAUUGGUGAUGCGGGAGAACAAGCAUCCGAAUGUUGUCAAUUAUUUGGACAGCUAUCUGGUGGGUGAGGAAUUGUGGGUGGUGAUGGAAUAUCUGCCGGGCGGUAGUUUGACUGAUGUUGUCACUGAGACUUGCAUGGACGAGGGACAGAUUGCCGCUGUCUGUCGAGAAGUUCUCCAGGCCCUCGAGUUUCUCCACUGCAAUCAAGUCAUUCACAGGGACAUCAAGUCGGACAAUAUUCUUCUCGGCUUGGAUGGCGGUGUCAAGUUGACGGAUUUUGGAUUUUGCGCGCAGAUCUCGCCUGAACAGAGCAAGAGGACGACGAUGGUGGGAACUCCGUACUGGAUGGCGCCGGAAGUUGUCACGCGUAAGCAGUAUGGACCCAAGGUCGACAUAUGGUCCUUGGGUAUAAUGGCCAUCGAAAUGAUAGAAGGAGAGCCACCCUAUUUAAACGAAAAUCCUCUGAAAGCGCUCUAUUUGAUUGCGACGAAUGGAAAACCCGAAAUUAAGGAGAAGGAGAAGUUAUCUGGAAUUUUUCAAGACUUUUUAGACCAAUGUUUGGAAGUUGAAGUCGAAAGACGCUCCUCAGCUUCUGAAUUACUCAAGCAUCCGUUUCUGAAAUUAGCAAGGCCACUAGCCUCGUUAACGCCAUUGAUAAUGGCGGCGAAGGAGGCAGCAAAGGGUCAUUAGAAGAAUGAAUGGACCGGCAGGACAGCGAAAUGAGUACGAUGUUGUCACACCAGUAAAGAAAAAAAAAAAAGAAAGAAAGAAAGAAAAACAAGAAUUACCCUCCCAAACGGUAACGGCACAAUAAUUCAAUAAUUUAUAACGAUUAAUAAAUAUCAUAUAUUAUAAAUAUAUAAAUAUAUAAAUAGAUACUAGAUAGAUCUUAUCCGAUACCGUCGGGUAUCGAGACACAGUUUGAAAAAAUAAAUCGUUCAAAUCUCUCAUGUCUACCGAUCAGAAACUCGUGCUCUCCAUUAAUCGCUCAUUGUCUGACGAAAGGAUUUUCAAUUUUUACGACGAGUAUAAUUGAAAAUUGAAUUUUUCGAAAAGUAAAACAAACAAAAAAAAUCAAUAAUGAGAAAUGCCUUCAGUUCGGACGCCGACAUGAGCGAGAUUUUGACGAUUGUUGGUCGGUUAUUUUCUAAAGAUAGGAAACGAGUAUUACUGACUCCAUGGAGAACGAGUUAGCAACGGAUACACAACUACUCAUAGCAAGAACCUUACUAGAUAAUACUGUAAGCGAAAUAUGAACACGUACAUAAAAAGAAACAAACAAACAAAAAAAAAAAAAAAACACAA